UUGUCAUCAUUUUCGCAAACUGCAGUAAUGGUAAGGCAGUAUGACCACCGCUCUCUCAAAAGUCGAGAUAUCAUACAUCAGAUCGUCUCUUCUCUCCGCCCCACCAUUACGUGCGGAUGGACGUUCGCCAGAGGAUUUCCGGCCUAUCGCGAUCGAGACUGGGGUAGCACCAUUAGCCAACGGGAGUGCAAGAGUCUCGAUUGGGGAGUCUCGCACUGGCAGAGAGACAGAAGCGGAGGGUGCUGGAGGCGGCACGGAGGUCGUCGCUGCAGUGAAACUCGAGGUAGACGGAGUCGGUGAAGACAAAGAAGGGGGCAAAGUCAUUUGCAACGUAUCCUGUUCCCCGGCGGCUUAUCCUCACUUGUCAUCACCUGCACUUGACGACCUUCAAUCGGACCUCACCUCCGUGCUAGGGAGCGUGCUCUCCCAUCCUUCGCUAUGCCCAAAAAAUUUGGUGAUUGUUCCCGGGCAAAAAGCUUGGGCUCUAAGGCUCGACACCAUCAUAUUUGCUGAUGCGGGCAACGUUCUCGACUCUCUCAUGAUGGCCUGUCGCGCUGCACUUGUGGACACGCGGGUUCCGAGUACGAGAAGUGUGGAAUAUCGUGCUCCGGGGAGACGGAACGAGGUGUCAGACGAUAUCAUGGACGUCGACGAGGGUAGAAAUGGUCCAUCAAGCCUGCUGGAAACCCGAGAACCUAGCCGCAUAGUAGAUUUCGAACUCACUGACUAUUGGGAUGAAGGAGGGGUGCUCGAGGCGAGGGAUUCCUGGCCUGUUUGUGUUACGCUGAACAUGCUUCCUACUAUGCAUUUCCUUGAUGCAACGUCCCAGGAAGAGUCCGCAAUCCCGUUAAGGCUACACGCUAUGUUUGCAUUUCCGGGAGGCAAGCCCACGUUACACGGCAUGAGGAUGGCGGGUGCAGGCACAUCCGACUUGUCACAAAUUAGAAUAUUGUUGAAGGAUGCGGAAAAAUAUGCCCGAAAUAUGUGGACUGGGCUGGAGGCGAAGCUUGCAGAAGAGGAAGCGCGUAGGAGCAUCAAAGCACGGGAGACAGUUCUAUGGCAGGCGGCGACGAUAACCAACACAUUCCCCAACGCUUGACAACCUUCGACAUGUGGAUUUUCUUCCAGCGUCAAGUGUAUUUGAUAGUGAUGGAUACUGAGUUAGGCAGCAUUGCAAUGUAAUGUAUGACUUAGCUCGUACAGAUUCAGUAAUGCACAGCUUGCACCAGCAAAACAUCAACCUCUUA